AAGCCAGUGACUCACCGAUGGGCGGGACUUCCAGCUCAGUGUGAGUGACAUGUGGACGCUAACGUCAUUUGGGGGUGGGGGGGUCCUCUGGUCAGCUGUUGAGCCUGCGCUGCAAAAAUAUCCACACCAACAAGUCACUUUUUCCUCAAUCUAACCGUGAAGCGGCUUCCUUUCAGCUAAUAAACGGCGGACCCGGAUUGUUAGAAGUGGGGCGAAGUUCGGCCGGUUCCGGUUCUCCGCGUUUUAAGGGUUUUAAAGACGGUUUCACUUCUUGAAACGGAUACUUUUUGCAGCGCGCGCGCGUUCUCUCCAGAUCCUCCCAGCACGUUCCGGACGUCUUGUGAAAUCCUCCCCAGUAUAAAAGCCGCAGCCCGGAGGCGGUUCCGUCCAUCGGGACGAGCAGUGCGCGCUUCUGCCCGUGUGCGUGUGCGUGUGCGCGGACAACCCGGAGGCCGCGUUGUUAUGCGUAACAUCCAAGACGGAUAAAGUUUGACCGCACAUCCGCUCUUUUUGUCGGUGUAAAGAAAAGUUGUGGUCGGGAGCGGGAGAGAGGGGGGGGCAGGAGGGGCAGGAGGGGGGUCGAUCGGUUCCGAACAGCACAACUCGAACUGGUCCCGCGCUCCCUCUGCACAUGGCCGAGGGAGACUUCUUCCCGGGGAACCGCCAGAGGUUUCCCCGGGAUCCGUUCGGAGAAUCGCCGUUCAGGGACCAGCUGGGGUCUCGCUUCAUGGAGGACGACUUCGGGAUGCCGCCUUUCCCCGACGAGCUGGCAAUGGACUGGCCGGGCUGGGCUCGGCCCGGCCGGCUCGGCACGCGUCUCGGCACGUCGCCGUUCGGCGGCGGUUUACGCGCGGGCUUCCCGGCCUCGCGGCAGUCCGCGGGGGGCCCCGCGGUGUACACCAGCCGGUACGGCGAGCCCUCCUCCCGGGGCUCGCCGACCGGCACCGUCAGCGCCACCGCCACCGGGGGGGAGCCCUGGAAGGUGUGCGUGAACGUCCACAGCUUCAAGCCGGAGGAGUUGACCAUCAGGACGAGGGACGGAUUUGUAGAUGUGUCAGGGAAACACGAAGAGAAGCAGGAAGAAGGAGGAAUAGUCACAAAGAAUUUCACAAAGAAGAUCCAGUGCCCGAUUGACGUGGACCCCGUGACCGUCUUCGCCUCCUUGUCCCCCGAGGGCGUCCUCAUCAUCGAAGCCCGGCAGACGCCUCCGUACUACCUCUUCAGCAACGAGGACUCCCCGCAGGGGGGAGACGCACAGGAGGUGGAGGCCCUCAAGACCCAAGAGGCCCCCGCCGUCUAAAUCCCAACUAGCACAAGGAAUCAUCCUGCACUACUGAGUUCAUGUUUGAUGGGAAAUGUUAACGUGCAGAAUGUAAUGUCAUGCUUGAGGUCUUUGAAGCUGCACAGGGAAAGAAUUGAAGCAGACCAGCGGAUAAGUCAACAGCUUUCUCCCCACCUGGACAGAGAUGCCGCCGGUCGCCCAAAUUAAAUUCAGGUGUCACUUCUCUUUCACGUCCGAUGAAAACCCAUAAAUGUCCAGAAGGAGCUGAAACUUGUUUUUUUUGGUUUGUAUUUCUUUUAUUACAGAUUGAUUAGAGACCAGCUUUUAGAAUAAACACAAACUCAUAUUUUAUCAUAGUUCUAUUGGAUUUUUUAAAAGUAUGCAUAUGUUAAUUUCUCUUUGUGCAGCUUUAUAUUCUACAUACAGUAACCGGUAAAAAGUUUGGAGACGCCUUCUCAUUCAAUUCAAUGAGACUGGUACAGAUGUUGGGCCGCUGAUGCAUAUUAAGUUGUAGCAUUAUCGCUAACCAUUAAAUACUGUAUGUGAAUCAUAUUUGUAUUCAACAUGCAAUCAAGCGGAGUGUUUUUUGCAUCUUUGGUU